AUGGCGUUUUUCUCUGGCGUGCCUUUUCGUGUCGCCUGUGCGGCUGCUGCAGUCGCGCAGAGACGAAGACCCGAGGUAGACGAUGCAUUUGAAGAGUUGACGGAAGAAGAGUUCCGGCAGUAUUUUCGUCUGUCCAAACGAACAGCGCGUAGCUUGUGCGACGAGCUUGACCCCAUCAUUGGAUGCCAGCGAGCGAGUGGCCUUUCCACAGAAAGGAAGGUGUUGUGCGCGCUGCCAUUCUUCGCCACCGGAAGCUUCCAGAGGAGCGUUGGUCGCGAGGAACACGUAGGCAUGGCACAGUCGGCCGUGAGCAGCACCAUUCACGAGGUGACGGAGGCCAUCAUUUCCGUAUCUGCCCGGAGAAAGUUGGUGGACUUUCCCUUCGCACCGUCUGCCAAGGAUGAGGCUAAGGCGGCGUUCGCGCGACGCGGCGCCAUCCCAGGCGUGCUAGCGUGCGUCGACGGCACGUUGAUCGCCAUCAUGAAGCCAGAGGGACUCAGCCCGGCCGACACGGCGAGCUUCAUGUCGAGAAAGGGUUAUUACGCCCUAAACGUCAUGGUCGUUUGCAACGUGGAACUUCGCAUCCUUGUUGUGGACCCCCGGUUCCCUGGUUCAUGCCAUGACUCUUAG